UCGUUGUUGUCAUCGCUGUUGUCAUCGCUGUUGUCAUCUCCGUAGCUGUCAUCGACAUCCAGUGUUCCGUGACAGUGACCUAACUCGAUUUCACGGGCGUCUGUGAAUUUGACUUGGCUCGACUCGAUUCUCCAACGUUUUUGAUCGUGAAAAAAAAAAGAGAAAAAAAAACGAAUCUUCAUUAUUUGGAGUCUCUUCUCGUCGGCGCGCGUCUUCUGGGAGACCGCGUCUCGCAUCGCUCGCGAGUUACGACAUCGAAUUUUCUAGGGAUUUUCCAGCGAUUUUCCGACAGCGGACUCAAUGAGGGAGGAUAAGUCCUUGAUUAAUUUUCCGUCGACGAAAAAUCGCUUAGAAUAUCGCGGACAGCCGAUACCGUAAAUACCGAGCCCGUUCGCGAAUUCACAUUCGACGAAUCCUUUUCGAGCAGUGAGCCUUCGCGGAUGAAUUGUUUAUGACAGUUCAGCUGCACGGUGAGUGGCCCUUUAAAACGUCUUUCCGGCUGUGAAAUGCGACGCAAAUCAAGUGAGGAGCGCAUCGCGCUGAUAAAAUGAUAUUCUAUUGAGGAACGAAAAGACGCCAAGAGAUGUGAGAAGACUUAGCUCGGUUGACAAUUGUCUCGCGUUUCAAAAACAAGGAUCUUACCGGAGAAAAAAAAACAGGACAAAGGGCAACAGCAAAUUCGGCAUGAUCCGUGGCAGAAGUAGAAUCCACUCGAAAAUAUUAGGCGGGGUGGUGGAGGCAUGGAAGCCGAAACUGGCCAAUCGUCUCUUCAGAGGCUCUACAGGAGCACCUUGCCAUCACCGGGAAUACCCGGAUUAGACGUCAUACGAGCCCUACAUCAAACAGUCGUAUCGCUGCGUUCAGCUUUAGACUCGUCACGCGAGGAGCUCCGUCGAUUGCAGGAAAGCGUCGGGAAUUUUUCCGGCGAGAAUUACGUCGAUGCAGUGAGUCGUCUAGCCCUCGAGAAUCACGUACUGAGGCGAAGAAUCCUGAGCAGGAGUUGUGAAUUUUCAUCUGAUGCGGCAACCAGCCCGCUUCAAUCGAAACACGUUCGACUCAUCGUAAAAGCUCAUAUGGAUCAAUCGACGGAUUCUGAGAAAACUAUCAUGGAGAAAAUCGUUACCGAUGCCCAGAAUGAUAAUCAACCAGCUCCUGGACAUAGCGAGACUAGCAGUAACAAAGAUAGUCCCGAUCCGCUUUCUCAUUCUAACCGAUCCGACAAGUUCCAAGAUUCAUCGAAAUCCUCGAAAAUUACCAAAGGCACGAUCAGUACGAAGAUUAUUGAGGCAACACCGACGAUGCUAAAUGUUUCCCAAAAUGAGAAUCGCAAAUCUCCGAUUUUGACAACGAACGCGACUAAUAAGGAAGAGGAAGAAUCCCGAGAAAUCUCAAGUGAUGUGAUUAAUAUGGAUCAUUUAGAUAUUCCUGAUAAGGACCCUGAAGAUUUGAGUUUGAAAUCCAUUUCUGACGGCGACAAUUCCGUGUUCAGCGAUCACGUAGAUCAAUCUCAGGCACCUCGACAAAGUCAGCCAGGUGAUUCGCCAAGACCAAACGAACAUUCGGAAAACGAAUCGGAGGAAUUAGAUGAUAUCGAACUGAUAUUCACAACAGACGAAACUUGUCGCGAUCUCGGCCUGCAGGAGGACUUGGUUUCCAUUACGGAGACAGAAACCUGGCAGCACGCAAGUGCUGGUGGCGGUCAGCCUGUCCUACUUAAGUACACAAAGUCAGCGGACGGUGAAUCAUUAGUUUGCAACGACGAAAAAACUAGCUCCGUCGAGGAAGCCGUCUCUUCGCAGAGUUCCAGCAUCGAUCGCGAGGAGAGCGUCGACAGGUUCGACGAAAGCUCCAGUACCAGGCUCAAUAAGAUGUGGUCGCAGUGUUCUGUCCUGGUUGAGACUGAUAUUAGUAAGUGCGGUGUAUUGGAAGAUGCAGAAAAUACAGCGGGAUCGUCUUUGCGACAUACCGCUAGAAGAAAUACCCUAGCCGCCCCACCGACGGCUUACAGACCUAUCAUUCAUCGAGAAGCUCUAGCUAGUAGUCGAAGAAAAAAUUCUGCUCCGUUGCGACCGGUGAUGGAUCGUAGUAGCGGUGCUCGACGAGAAUCCGGUGCUCAGACGGAUAUCUCCGCGCUUCCGGCACAAUGGCGAUCCGAGAGCUAUCUCGCACACAAAGUUGCGCAUACUUUUACAACGUUACCAAGUAAGUUCGCGCUACCAACGGGAGUGCCUGGUCGAUUAAGACUGUCGGAUAAAACCCGAGAGGCUAGAAGAGUGAUGUUGUCAGACAUCAGCUUCACUAGCAUGGUACCAGAACUAUCAAGAAGCGCGGAUCAUCUGUGCCAUGAUCCACAUACGCAGACGUGUUUUAGUUCGCGUGGCUGCGGUCUCCGUACGCCAGAAGUCCACAGGCGCGAAUCCCUGGGAUCUCCCGCGGGAUUCUGGCCUCGUUGCAAUCCCGCGACGGGACUACCGAGUCCCUGCGACUGUCGACUAUCGACCGAUCUCUAUCCUUCACGAUAUCGCGGCUCUCUAACGUCGAUACCUUCACCUGGUCUCGAAGUUGUCGGCGGUCCUCCGCGAAGGCAUUCCUGGAGAGCGACAGCGGCAUCUUUCGACACGUGGAGAGUCCCAGUUGCGACUUCCACACCACGUCCAACGUGGUCUUCGAUGCCUUCUUCUCCAACACAUGUACAUCCCCCGUCAAUCUCUUCAAGAACUUCAAAAAACGCACCAAAGAGAACGCGAUCCAAAGUGACUUUCCAAGAGUGUCCAAUGACUCGUGGUAGUUUGCCCAAUUUGCGUUCGGAUUCGGUCGGCGGUGAAAAUAGCGGCGACUCUACCGAAUCAUUGAUCGACGAAGCCGAGGAUUAUCUUCGGCGAAGCAUCGAUUCUAUGCUAACAAUAUCGAGUGCCAGUACUGAUUAUUGGAGCAAACAAACGGCGAGGCGAAGACGGGCGCGAAGGCAUUCGGAGCCGGAUUUGAUUCGUGAUUGGCAUCCUCCCCAGGACGCUAAGCCAUAUUUACCAAAGAUACCAAGAGAUCUCAAACUGGAUCAUCUCGUAAAGGUCAUAUCGCCAGAGGGCAAAGUUCUCCAAGGCCGUGUGAGAUACGUAGGUCCCGUUCCGGGUCGAGAGGACACGCACGUGGGCGUGGAACUGCCAUAUGUCAAUGGUUCAUCCGACGGUACUUUCCACGGCAGAAGGUUCUUCGAUUGUGAGCCAGAUCGAGCAAUCUUCGUCCCGUUCAAAAAGGUAGUGCUUGCCUGGUGUAUCACCUGACCCGAGGCACCGACCUCUAUGGUUCCCCCUCGUAUUCUACUCUCUCAGUACACCAUGUAAGAGAGGAAUUGAAUAAUAUGUAAAUCAUAGUUACGAAUCUCGGAAGCUAGCUAGUCUCUGGUUAGCGAAAUCAAUGAGAUAAGUCAGAGACUGUUCUUAAUCUGUGGCAAUUCUACCACUUUAUUAUUCCGAUAUGGAAUCGUUAACAUGUUAAGCUUGUCGAAAUUAAAAAAGAAAGACCUUUGGACACAAGUGUAAUAGUAGCCAAAGUAUAUAUAAAACUUGUUAUAAAUCGCAUCCAUGACAUUUGGUGAUUCUUCAAUGCGAAUGUUCAACACGCAACAGCGAGCAUUAUGUGAUCAUAAAUAUAUGUAUGUACUAAAUGUAUAUACAUACACGUACAUCCAGUAAUAUACUAAUCAACUCUGUUUGUGUGAUAUAUUCGACAAGCGAAUUAUCGCCAUUAGCUAGAAAGAUAGCAGCGAUGAAUUUCGCUAUAUCAAUCGUCUUAUUGUAUCUGAUUUUUUUAUGAAAUGGAAAAAAGAAAAGAAUAAAGGUCAAAGUCGUAAGAUCUCCUUGAGAAAUUCAAAUACAUUGUCGUAAGUAGGUCUUUCGAAGAUGAAAAAAGGAAAGAAAAUAAGAGCAAGUAGUAACGACGAAAAAAAAUCUGGAAAUGAAGGAAUUGAAAUUUUGUAAUGGCAAAAUAUAAAAUGACAGAUAGAAUCAGACGUCAACUAGAUUCCAGCAAAAAUAAUCAAAAUUAAUCGAUAGUUUUUAUCGAUAACUAAGAGGCUACGUGCAGCAAACGCUGGUAUUUCAUUUCGUUGCGUGACACGCAUUGCAAUCGUAUUCCACGUGAAUAAUAUCGACAACGAUGUUUGCUUGCCGCGAUAUUGUAAUGUUAAGUUGUUAAGGGAUUGCAUUCCUUGUUCAGAGAGAAAGAGAUAAAUUUGUUAUUUUGGCUACUCUGCGAUCGAUUAAUUAUUAUUAAUACACACAUCGAGAAAAGUUUCGCCUCUUGCCCCGUUUUUAUGAAUCUCUCUUUAUAUUAAGGAAAUCAUUUUACUCGUAUAAUAAAGUUCACCAAUUGUUUCCACCAAUGCAUAAUAUUAAUAUUACUGACGCUACUUUUUCGUCAGAUAAAUAAAUGUGCAAUUUAAUCGAUGUAAAAUAAGAUUACAGUUCAAAACUUUUUUUCGAUGUGCGUAUUUUUGACUGGAGCUAAAAAAAAUAGAGAUAAAAAUUGUCCGUACAUUCAUAAAUAUUAUCAAAUUUGUUAUCAACUUAAUAUCUCCGCGCAUUGCUUACGAGCUUUCGAUGAGCAAAUACUUUAGUGUACGUAUGUAUAUGUAUUUUAUGUAUAUGUAUAUCUCUCUGUACAUUUUAAAGAGACACGCGUAUAUAAAGUGUGGGCACUACACUUGACUGUAUAAAUACAAAUAUAAUCAUAUCUUGAGGCUGUA